ACGAAAUCCAUGUCAGGCACAAUAAUCAGCAACAGCUUUUCCAUUAUUGCAAGGCCUGAAAUGUAGGAUUCCUGUUGCUGAUGGUGACUGUUAAGUAUCCGUGGUUCCACGUUGAUGUGCUAGUUUAAGGAGAUGAUAAUAGAGGCACAGCUCUUUGAACAGAUAAAACAGCAUGGGAUACAACAGCCUCAGAGUGCAUCCGUUUUCUUCCCAAAUGCAUCCUCAAAGCGCAUCAAACCUUUUAAGAAGUAUUUGCAAAUUAAAUAUGUCGUUGAUGAUCAAGUGUUGCAUUGUUUCUAGCCAUUUGUAUUUACUUGGCAUGUUCACAGACUCCACUCUUAAUCUACCAUUGUAUUACUAAAUUCUUCUAUCUCUACCACUGAUUAUUAUACCUAACACUCUAAGCAAAGACACUUCUCAGUUAUUACACAUUUAACAGUAGUAGUUUAUGUGUGUGGAUCCUUAUACUUAUGAUUGAGUAUUCAAAAAUCGUACACCUUCAAGCAUUAAUUCUGAGUGUAAUCAGUGGUUAAUUAUUUCUAUAUUUCCCCAGUUCCUUCCUACUGUUCUUCGGACAUUGAUAUAUGCUUGUGUGAUUGUUUGCUUUCCUCUUUUGGGCUUCAGUGAUUUUGCUGUAUUUCUUUUCUCGUCUUAUUUUGUCUUUUCACAUGCAGCAUAGCAAAACCACUAUGCUAUGCUACAUUGAACAAACCACAAAUUGUAUCAGUGUCCAUAUUAUUUUGUUUAUUUUUCAGGACAGCACAACGCUAUACUAGGGCAUUAACAAAAACAAAAUAAAAAAAACAAAAAACAAACACACACACAAAAAACAAACAAACAAACAAACAAACAAACAAACAAAAAAACGUCGACGACCACUGGGAGGAGUCGAGAAGUUUUUUUUUCUUCCGCGUGGGCACUAACGCACGAGAGAGGCCUCUUUGGCCUACGUCGAUAUUGUACCACGACUAAACCAGUAGUCAUAAUCACUCCAUAAAGUGAUAGAUAACGUGUCCCUGAGCGUAAGAAAAUAAAUAAAAAACUCGCCAAGCCACCUGCCGUUGACAACAAGUGCUCUGAAGGAUAAGUGUGCCCCAGUUGCGCAUUAAACCAGAACUUUAAAUUGACGGUGCUGUGGAACUCCACUUCCGUCAUGCUGGAGCGGAUACGUGAGCAGAGGAACCCCCCGCGGUUUGUCCCGGCAGGUGAAACUGCCACUUUCACUGGGAGCUGACAGGACAACUGAUUGCCGUGUUAUCUGCAUUAGCAAAGGCUACGGGAGUCGUUUAUGAUGAUACUGCGUCUAGUAGGACUGCAGCCAAAUUUCUUGGAGGGUACUGGAGCUUUUCCUGGAUGUCUGAAUAUGACCUGAGCUUUCCUAAUGACUCCAUCAUGUCAGAAAACCAGUGCCAUGGGAAUAAAAGAACAUGUGUCCAGCAACAAGAAGGCAUACCAGAGUUUACAUGGAGCAUAGUGGCUGCUGGGGACCUGCAGCAAGAAAUGAAUGGAAGGAGUGAGAAGAAGACUGGAAGUCCACAGGGAUGGGAGGAAGGUAAGACUGAAGGUCAGUUCCUCUGGGUGAACAGUUCAGCCUUUGGUGGACCCUGGGUUCUAAGUCCUUGGCUUUGGGGAGGCCAGAUUCCAUGUGGCCUGGACCUAGCUCUAUUCCUUCACCCAAAGCAGAGCGGCCAAUACACCAUAUGGCUCAUUGAGAGAGACAAACCACCGCUAGCUCUCUUCUCCACCGAUACACUUCCACCAAUCACAGGCUGGGCAGUUGUCCACCUCACUCUGGGCACACAUGGAGGAUCGCCAUUUCGAGUUUCUGCCAGUUAUGACCAGCGGAUCCCACAAGAGGACACCGCGACGAUUGAGCCCUACUUUACCACCAACUGCACCAUGGCAUCCUCAGCCGGCCCUAACAUCACGCUGGAGGGUCAGUACCACUGUCGCCACGGACCUGCCAUCCCCCUGGACAAACUGUGUGACUUCAGCACAGACUGCCCUCUCGGUGAUGACGAAGGCGAACUAUGUCGUCACUUUCUUAAUGGCACCUACUGUUCUUUUGAGGAAGGUGAAUGCAGUUGGCGAUCUGCUGCUGUUCAUGGCUUUUCCUGGAGAAGAGUCCAGUUUAAGACCAAGGCCAUCAGACGCAGUUGCCCGUCGUCAGGUUAUAUGUUCAGUGUGGAGGGAGGACAGACCAAAGUACACGGUGGUGCAGCUUUACUCACGAGUCCUCUGUUUCCUCCUCCUCUCCGGAACUCUCCAUGCACAGUGCGGUUCUGGCUAUGUACCGGGGCCUUACAGAAGGGGUCGCUGUCUCUGUGGAUAGUGGAGAAUAGUACAGGGCCUGAAGAGCAGCGCAAACUGUGGCAUUUAGGGCCUGAGCUCAAAUCUGAACGGGGAUGGAAACUCGUCACACUGCCCCUCUAUGGCCUGGCUGAUUGGUUCUGGCUGCACUUCAGCACAGAUGACGGACUUGGACCUGGUUCAGCCAUCUUUCUUGACAACAUAUCUUUUAGUAUGGACUGCUUCCUGGCAUCCAAUGGUGAAUUUCCUCCUGUGCUGACCAACACAAACCAGCUUAAGAGUACGACCAUGUCCAAACCUCUGAAGAAGCCGCCUGAUUACUAUAAAUGGAUCUUUCACACCUGUGGAGCUGCAGGACCUGAAGGCCCAACACCAAGUCAGUGCAUCAAUUCCUACAGGAACAGCAAUGUUAAUGUGACAGUAGGAACCCGGGGUCUUCUGAAAGGAAUUCAAAUGUGGCGGGUCCCAGAAACUGGCAGCUACAGGAUUAUCGCCUACGGUGCAGCUGGGGGUCGUAGUGUGCUAGCCAUGAGAAGGUCACAUGGUGUCUACAUCUCUGCUGAUUUUCUGCUAAGAAAAGGGCAGCUGCUUUACAUUCUGGUGGGCCAAAAAGGAGAAGACGCGUGCCCCAGUUCCAACAGCAUCCUGAAUAAGAUCUGCCUGGAACAGAGCAGCCCACUGGUGAACAAAACCCAAGUAAAGGGGGGCGGCGGAGGAGGUGGAGGGGCCACUUAUGUAUUUAAGGUGGACAGAGAUGUGUACACACCUCUAAUCAUCGCUGCUGGUGGAGGGGGCCGAGGCUACAGUAGCCAAUCAGGGACACAGUUGGAGCAGAUGGACUAUGAACCAAGUCAGCCUGGACGCAAUGGGAGGUCCAAUGCAGCAGGUGGAGGUGGAGGGUGGAAUGAUAUUGCUCCUGUCAGUCAAGGCGGCAGACCACUGGUGCUGGGGGGGCAGGGAGGCCAGGCAUGUCAGAAGUUUUGGCAGACCCGCGGAGGCUUUGGAGGAGGCGGAGGGGGCUGCUUGUCUGGUGGGGGCGGUGGAGGCUACAGAGGUGGUAAUACCUCUUAUGAUGACAACCCCAAACGUGACGGUGAUGAUGGAACAUCAUUUGUCGGUCCAGGAGAGCUCUUUAUCUCCCCACUUAAAGCAAUGGAGGGCGAUGGUGAAGUGAUCAUCAGUCCAGUGCUGAACUGCAGCCACUGUGAGAGCGGUGAAUGCCACGAGACUAAGGACAGCGUUGUGUGCUACUGUGAAGAUGACCUCAUUCUGGCACAGGACAGAGUGUCCUGCAUCAACAGUACAGCAGUCACUCUGCUGACUCCACAGCCGUCUCUCUCUCACCUGGCCCUGGGUCUAUCCGUUGGCACUUCAGCCCUCAUCGCUGCCCUGCUGCUGGCUGUGUCGGGAGUCAUGAUAAUGUACAGACGUAAACAUACAGAGCUACAGUCCAUUCAGCUGGAGCUUCAGAGUCCAGAGUGUAAGAUCAGUAAACUGCGAGCCUCCACAAUCAUGACGGACUACAACCCAAACUACUGCUUCGCCGGCAAAACCGUCUCCGUGAGUGACCUGAAGGAAGUGCCAAGACGCAACAUCUCCCUCACCAGGGGACUGGGCCACGGGGCCUUUGGUGAAGUGUAUGAAGGUCUGGCAGUGGGAGUACCAGGUGAACAAAGUCCACUGCAAGUGGCAGUAAAGACUCUUCCUGAGGUUUGCUCUGAGCAAGAUGAGCUGGACUUUCUAAUGGAGGCCCUAAUCAUCAGCAAGUUCAGCCAUCAGAACAUCGUGCGUUGUGUAGGUGUGAGCCUGCAGGCAAUGCCCAGGUUCAUCCUGCUGGAGUUGAUGGCAGGUGGUGACCUCAAGACUUUCCUGAGGGAGACCAGACCAAGACUGGAGCACCCCUCCAGCCUCACCAUGGUGGACCUUCUCAGUGUGGCCAGAGACAUAGCUAAAGGCUGCCAGUACCUGGAGGAGAACCAAUUUAUACACAGGGACAUUGCAGCACGUAACUGUCUACUCACCUGCAAAGGACCGGGCCGUACUGCCAAAAUCGGAGACUUUGGAAUGGCUCGAGAUAUUUACAGGUACACUUCUUCCAGUAAUCACUAAGUAUUCUUGGACUGCAGGCCAUUUCUGCAUGGAUCAAAUUCAAAUUGUUAAUUUACCCUUUUCAUGAAUUAUUAAAUCCCUACUGAGAAAUGUUAGAAUAAAAUAUGGAAAUAAAACAUCAACCCCUCAAAUAUUUGGGUAAAAAAAGACAGAAAGUCAAUUCUACACCUUUCUCAAACAUACUAGGGAUGUGAAGAGAAAACACAAACAAUCAAAGAGGAGUGAUGAGUUUGAAUUCCUCCCCACGUGUUUGCGAAGCUACUGGCCUUCAAAAUAAAAGCUUGAACACAGAGCUGUGAUAUUGUCCACUAAUUUAAGUCUUCUCUAGCCUCCUGGCGUCUCAUUAUUCUUCACUCUAUCUAUUUAUUACAGCUACAGCUGUUUCACGUGACUGUUUAAAUGAAUGCUCAAUUCAGCAGGGAAAUAUUAAAGCUUUCAU